AUGAUCAUAUCGCCUACAGAGCCUCGAGGAGUUGCGCACCACGAGCGAGCCGUGCACUCACCACCCGCACUGAGCCGCCACCGCCGGCCGCAGAUUGAUGCAGGUGAUUUCGACGUUUGGCGGCGACUUGUCAGGCUUGUACAGAACGAGUUCCGCGAUCGGAAAGUUGGGAGCGGACGUGACGAUCCAGCUCGCAGUUUCAGUAUGCGCGCGGGCGUAGAGACGAGCGCGAUGCGACUGAGGAGUGCGGCCAGUGGGCGCGCCGAGCCGCGGCUGCACCUCGGCACCCUGCGCCCCGCCCGGUAG